GCCGACCUCCAGAGUGCUGUUAGCGGGGCUUUGAUGGCCCUGACAACUCGACAACAAGAUAAUAGCCCCCACCAGCAAGUUCUUACUUUGGAUCAACUCAGUGGCUUAGACGCGAAUAUUCUCUUCAAUGGCUUUAACCGCCCGGGUCCAUUGGCCGCGCCGCCAGUUACGAGUCCUCCGGAGCACCCAAGCAACCCCACAGCUCCUGACCUUGCUCACCCAGUCCAUGGAGACCAGGAUCAUGCUCAAAAUGAACCUGAUCAUCCCAUGCGUGAAGGUACUCCAGCGCCCUCUGCACCAUUGGCCCCUCCCCAGCCUGAAUCUACCACACCAAUCGCAAUGGCACCUCGAACUCCAGAUGCUACAGCAGAAGCAUCUGCUGGAGCCGCUGGGAGAAGAGGACGUGGUGCUCAUAAACGCCCAGCCCCUUACCCUUCAGCAAGUGAAGAGCGACCAAACCUUCCCAAUUCACUCUCCUUUGAUGCGGUCCCAAUUCAACUUCGUGUGCAGGGUAUGAAAGACCCUCGGCACCGGUUCAUGAGCCAGAGGGUUAGGCGUGAUAGGCGGCCAACGAUCGAAUUCAUGGCAAACAAGAAAGAUCAGAUUGGAGAUGAGAAGUAUCAUCAAGUACUUGCAGGUAUAAUUACUCUCGAACAGGCCAUGGGUCCCGAUUAUAGCGUACAACAGGAUCCAGACAGAGGCAAGCUUAUCUCAGUACCACGUACAGUUACGCAAAGGGGUUUCACUAAAGCAUUGCGACUCCACUACCAUUAUCUGGUCCAGAGCUCAAUUGCUGUAUUUCCGGAGGGUGUGCCCCUUGCCACAGCUGGGAGCUACAGG